AUGCUUGAUCCAUCAUCCAGUGAAGAAGAAUCAGAAAAUGAGACUAUCGAAGAUGAGAAUUCUGAUGUUCUUAGUGUACCUAGUGCUGAACGGAGUUUAUCAGCAAGCGGGGAUAACCUGAGUGUGCAGAGUAGUCGACCUAAUACCAGUCAAGCAAGGCCAUCUAGCCCUAGUCCAUCACUAAUAAGUGAAAGGGAAAAAAGUGAAGAUGCUGAUAAAAAUGAUGCAAAAUCCGAAGAAGAAAGGAAAAGGCGAUUGCAGCUUUAUGUCUUUGUCAUGCGGUGUAUUGCUUACCCGUUUAAUGCCAAGCAGCCGACAGAUAUGGCCAGGCGACAAACCAAAAUCACUAAACAACAGCUGCAGACUAUCAAGGAUAGAUUCAGCGCCUUUUUGAACGGAGAAACUAAUAUAGUGGCUGACGAAGCCUUCACGAAUGCUGUACAAAGUUAUUAUGAAGUAUUCGUUAAAAGUGAUCGUGUGUUAGCAAUGGUCAAAAGCGGAGGGUCAUCUGCUAACGAUUUCAGAGAGGUUUUUAAGAAUAAUAUAGAAAAACGGGUGAGGAGUUUACCGGAGAUAGAUGGUCUCAGUAAAGAAACUGUUCUUAGUUCCUGGAUGACCAAAUAUGAUGCGAUAUUUCGAGGUGAAGAAGAUCCUCGAAAACAUCCCCAGAGAGGGACCACUGCUGCUUCGGAACUGAUUCUUAGCAAAGAGCAACUUUAUGAUAUGUUCCAGAAUAUAUUAACUGUUAAGAAAUACGAGCAUCAAAUAUUAUACAAUGCAUGUCAG